UCACUUCUGGGGGCAAAGCGAGACCGCAUCCGGCGCCCAGUCAGUGAGCACUGCUGCACCAGCUGCAGUCAAACAUCCACCAAAAAUGCUCCAGAAACAUCCCUGACCUCUGCAGAGCAUCCCAUCCAUCUGCUCUGUGCCCCGAAGGCAGGACGGACACACGGAGGUCUCUGCACCCAGGAACCUCAGGGACGUUGCUGGCACCACAGUGACGACGGAGAUGGAGCACUGUGAGUGGUGGGUGCCUCUCGCCACCUCAGCUGUGACCCUGCUGCUCAGCUCUCUGCUCCUGCUGCUGCUUUACAUCAUGCUCAGCAGGAAAAUAGACAGGCACUGCUGCAGCGCACAGGUGAGCAGUGGUCCCACAGCACAGCCCCAGCAACCACCCAUCUCUUCAGCUGGAGGGGAAGGGGUGCAGCAACCAAACUAUACGGAAGGGAGCAGCGAGACGUCUUCAGAGACCUCAGAGGACUCGGACAGCAGCUCUCUGCACCCACAGGAAAGGAAAACCCGCUCAAAGGAAAACCUCAACUACACAUCCGUGCUGUUCCCUGGGAAAGGCUCUGAUAGGAACUACGAGAACAUGAAGAUGGGCGCUGAUUACGUCAACGUGGACCCAAAAAAGAAGAAAGCAGAGUUUUGGACCUGCUCCAGCCCUGUGGCAUCCAAGUCCAUCGAGUACACAGAGGUGAAGCUGUGACACUUCCCUGGGGUCCCACAGCAGCCACCGCUCUGUGCCCAGGUCAGUGCUGGCACAGGGCUGCUGCCAUUCCCUGGGAUGGUGCAGCUCCCCCAGGGAUCUUUCGGGGUCGGAGGCUGUGGGUGUGGGGUGAUGUGGGGCUGCCCCACACCUCCCUGUGGGGAAACGCUCCUUCUCAGACUGCCACAAGCUCUGCACGUGUGUGUGAACGCCGUUUUCUCAUCUUGUGAAAGCAAAUGCUCCCCCAGCGGGAUGCGGGUAAGAGAGGGAAAUGCAAUCAUUUCCAAACCAUCCCUCCAUUGGGCUGACACAUCCUGUGAAUAAUGCUUCCUUCGCUGAUCGCUGUCAUAAAAACCUUUUAAAUACACUCCAUCCACCGGCUUCACCCUUUCUGCCCUCACACCGAUCCCUCCUCU